CUUUCAACCGCCACCCCGACGCGUCCAACAUGCCCAUAACACUGGACCAGGUCCAGGGAUGGUUUACGAAACACUACCCCAAACCGUCUGUCGACCCUCAGUGGCUCCAAGAGUGCUUCGAGUGGGUGCUCGACGCGGAGAAGCCGUCGACACUCCAGGACGCGAUCGCCUCAGUCGAGACGCAGCUACUCUCGUCCGACCUGCAAGUCUCUAUGCUCCCUGGCACGGGGAUACCCAUCCACCAUGACCAACCUGAUACCUGGACUCUUGCGCCCGGAAAGACACCCGGCGUGCUCGUGCAGAUCACCGCGCUCACGGAGAUCGGGCAGAGCGCAUGGAGUCUCAAUGAGGUGCGCGUGGCGCGCGAGGAGCGCAUGCGCGGCGCACCUACCGUUAAUCAAGACACGGAGGACGACGGGAAUGUCGGGGCGGACGACGAGGAUGAGGGCCCUAUGCCUAGCUACCCGCGAUCUAUGCUCAAGUUCGAGGUGUCCGAUGGGCAUGUCACGAUGCCGGCGAUCGAGUACAAGCCGCUGAAGGACCUGAAGCUGGGGGACACGAAGCUGGGGUUCAAGAUGAUCUUGAAGAACGUCCCUGUCAAUCGCGGGAUCGCGUUCCUCACUCCAGAGUCCGUCACGCUGAAGGGGUACCAGGCGGAGGAUCUCGAGGAGCAGCGGGAGGUGGCCUUUGCGCGUAGUCUGCACGCGCGUAUGCACCCGGACGAAGAUCUUGAUGCCCAGGACGGUGCGGGCGCACCCCCACCACCGCCCCCGGCGCCAGCACCCGCCGUGCGCUCCCCCCUUCGCGCCAUAUCGCCGCCCCCAUCACCUCCACCCAUGCAGGUCGAUGAGAACUUACCACGGCCAAGGCGACUGCCCGCCAAUCACACGCGUGGCCACUCCCCCGGACCUCCCAUACCUGGGGAAGAUGGGACGCUGCCCAUCAAGCCGUUACCAAAGUCGCGCGUCGCGUCGAUAUCGUCGACCUCGCAAUACUUUCCCCCUUCAUCGUCCUCCACCGCUGUCGACCUGUCGCUAUCGCCGACACAUACUGCGUCGGGCUCGCGACCUCCGCCGAUACCGCCGAGCGCUGUUCCACACCAACAGACGAACGGACACGCCGAUACACGAGCCUCGAGCGCAGCAACCGAAAACACGCUCCGCAACACUUCAGCGCGGCCACCCUCGGACAGCGAGGACGAGUUCGACCUGAUGUCGGACGGCCUGCUGAACGACGAGGUUUUCGCGAUGGUCGACGCCGUCAGCCACGCCGCGCAGACGCAAAGUACGACCCAAGCAACGACCCAACCCACGACACGCCUCAUGCCCGACAUAAUUGACGUCUCGGACUCGGAGGCGGACGAGAAGGAGAACGUUCCGGUGGAGGCGAAGCGCGCACGACGGCGAGUCGACGCGGUCAUCGACAUCAGCGACUCAGAGUAAAUGGGCCGCACGCGUACCCCUUCGUCGCGCUCGACGCCCUUCGUCUUCCCACAUACCCCUUCUCACACGGCAAGCCACUCUAGGUGACUUCGAUGCCGCUGAUAUACGGACGCUUGUACCACCUCUUGUCUGACGUUCUCUUGCUCUCGACGUUCACGCUAUGCAACCAUCUUGUACUUCUCCAUACCAUAUUAUACCUAUGAGGAAAGAUAGUCGGGAGGCCUUGGGGCUAUGAUGGAUACCUCAGAAUGAUGUUUGACUCUAUUGUUGUCAUGCUG